AACAUAUGAUGUCUGUGAAGUACGUCCAGGACCCAGUCUGAACAUGAUUGUAGGUGCUAAUGGUACAGGAAAGUCAAGCAUUGUUUGUGCCAUCUGCCUGGGACUGGCUGGAAAACCUUCUUUCAUAGGGCGAGCUGAUAAGGUUGCUCUCUUUGUAAAGCAGGGGUGCUUGAAAGGUGUAGUAGAAAUUGAACUAUCUAAGACACCUGACAAUAUCAUUAUCACACGUGAGAUUCAAGUGGUGAACAACACAUCAACGUGGUUUAUCAACAGAAAGCCAACAACCCUGAAAACAGUAGAAGAACAGAUCGCAGCCUUAAACAUCCAGGUGGACAAUUUGUGCCAGUUUCUUCCUCAGGACAAAGUUGGAGAAUUUGCAAAACUGAGUAAGAUUGAGUUGCUUGAAGCCACUGAAAAAUCCAUUGGUCCUCCAGGAAUGUACCAAUUUCACUGUGAAUUGAAAAACUUCAGAGAAAAGGAAAGAGAACUGGAGAACUUGUGCAGAGACAAAACUAACUCUUUGGAGAAAAUGAAGCAGAGGAUUGAACGAUACAAGCAAGAUGUUGAGAGAUACCAUGAGCGCAAGCGCCAUCUUGAUUUAAUUGAGAUGCUUGAGAGGAAAAGGCCUUGGGUGGAAUAUGAAAAUGUUCGUCAGCAGCAUGAGGAAGUGAAACAAAGCCGAGACCAAGCCAAGGAAGAACUGAAGAAUCUGAAAGAAAUGCAGUCCCCAGUGACAAAAAAAAUCCAAGAAACUGAAGAACAUUUUAAGAGUCUGGAUAUGAAAAUCAGAGAUAAG